GGGGGCGGGCGGGCGGCCCGGGGCCCGGACAUAAGAUGGCGGCGGCGUUGCUGGGGAGGCGGCGGCGGCGCUUGCGGCCGUGCGGGCUGUCGCGGAGCGCGGGCGGUGCGCGGCUCUGCCCGGGCUCGCAGGGCGGAUAGAGCGGGGCCGGCCGGGCGGAGCGGGGCCGCCAUGGGCUCGCAGGUGCUGCAGAUCCUGCGCCAGGGCGUGUGGGCGGCGCUGAGCGGCGGCUGGUACCAGGACCCGCACCAGGGCGCCGGGGUCAACGCGCUGCACCUCUACCUGUGGCUCUUCCUGCUCGGCUUCCCCUUCACCCUCUACAUGGCCCUUCCUUCUUCCAUGAUGAUAGUAGCUGUCUACUGCCCGGUAAUAGCAGCACUCUUUAUCGUUUUGAAGAUGGUGAAUUACCGCUUGCACAGGGCGCUGGAUGAGGGAGAAAUUGUGGAGAGGAAUGCCACUGAACGUAUGGACAGAGGUGCAAAAACAGAACAAAGCAAUGUUUCGGCCAAGAGGAAAGACAGCAAUGGGCCCAGUGACCCUGGUGGAGGGAUUGAGAUGUCAGAGUUCAUACGAGAAGCCACUCCUCCUGUUGGCUGUAGCUCACGCAAUUCUUAUGCUGGAAUAGAUCCAAACAACCAGGUUGGAUCUGGGUUCUCUCGUCUGGGAACAGCAGCAACAAUCAAAGGAGAUACUGACACUGCCAAGACCUCUGAUGAUAUCAGUUUAAGUCUUGGACAGAGUUCUAGCCUAUGUAAAGAAGGGAGUGAAGAACAAGAUUUGGCAACUGAUCGGAAGCUUUUUCGUCUGGUGUCGAAUGACUCGUUUGUCUCCAUCCAGCCUUCACUAUCCUCUGGACAGGAUUUGCCAAGAGACAACAGUGAUAAAGUGUGCCUCUCGAACAACCAGCUUGUGGACCAGUCUAAAACUAGUGCAUGUGAUUCAGAAGUAGCUUCUCUUAUAACUCUGCAUUCUCACUCCUAUAGAAAGGAUCACAGGCCACGAGGAGUACCAAGGACUUCUAGCUCUGCUGUCGCUUUUCCAGAUGCUUCAUUGAAUGACUUCCCUCUCUAUCAACAAAGACGAGGACUAGAUCCCGUCAGUGAGUUAGAAGCUUCCAAGCCCCCUUCUGGAUCCAGAGAGUCCUUGGCUGAGAACUCUUGUAUUUCAGGAGUUUUUCAGUUAGAUGACAUUCUGAAAAGUAGCAGCCCUCAACCAUUGGCUAAGAGUGGGAAGGGUAAAUCCUUGAAAGCAGACAAAAGCGUGGACAGUCUGAGAAGCCUGAGUACUAGAAGCAGUGGUUCAACAGAAAGCUACUGCAGUGGGACUGAUCGUGACACUAACAGUACCAUCAGUAGCUAUAAAAGUGAACAUACUAGCUCAACACACAUAGAAAGUGUGCUGUCGGAGCAUGAGGAAGAGUCUCCCAGAGAAGAAGAAAAGGAUGGUAAGAAAAAGGACUGUGGUGUUGACUCAGAGGAUGACAGUAGUUCUACUACUGACAAAAGGACUAGUAGCGAAAGGACUGCUGUGGAAUUGAGCUCUAACAGCGGAGUUCAAGAGGUAAAGGGUUCUAAUGGAUCUGAUGAGCUGCACGGUCAGAAAGGUCUUAGUGCCUCUGCUUCAGAAGAGGCCAAUAAGAACCCACAUGCCAAUGAACUGACUACACAAGCUGACAGGACACCUGGGAAGUCUGCUGAACAAAGAGAUGAGCAGAGUGAGAAACUAGCUGUGCUAGUAGACUCAAGAGCUUGUAAAGAAACUGGUGGGAAGCAAAAAGAAGGAGAUGUUCGACCAAAGUCUUCUAGCUUAAUACAUCGAACGGCCUCUACCCACAAGUCCAGCCGGAGACGGACAGGAAAAAAACGGGCUAGUAGUUUUGAUUCAAGUCGGCACAGGGAAUAUGUUUCCUUCCGAGGUGUAUCUGGUACUAAACCCCACAGUGCUGUGUUUUGUCACGAUGAGGACUCCAGUGAUCAAAGUGACUUAAGCAGGACAUCAAGUAUGCAGUCAGCUCACCAGUUCAGCAGUGAUAGCUCUUCCAGCACCACAUCCCAUUCAUGCCAGUCUCCUGAGGGAAAGUACAGUGCUCUAAAGACCAAAUACGUUACUAAGGAACGUGGGGGCACAGAUGCUGAAAAUACUCACAAAGCCCACGUAAGCUCUGAAGGAAUUAGCAAAAAGCGAUCUACGCGUCGGACUUCUAGCACAAACAGUGCCAAGAAUCGUGCCAGAGUAUUGAGCCUGGACAGUGGUACUGUAGCUUGCUUAAAUGACCCAAAUAGUCUAAUGGCACCAGGUAACAUAAAACAGUUAACCACUUCAAAAUCUGAUCUGGAAGCCAAAGAGGGAGAGGUGCUAGAUGAGCUAUCUCUGCUGGGAAGGGCUUCACACUUAGAGUCAGUCACUCGUUCUAGGAAUAGCUUACCAAGCCAGGCUACGUUUCCUGAAGGGGAAGAGCAAGAAUCAGCAAGUGGAGCAGCACAAGCCAGCGAGGAGACUGUCACAUUUCGCCGUGAACGCAGCACAUUUAGGCGUCAGGCAGUACGACGCCGGCACAAUGCAGGGAGUAACCCUACCCCUCCUACAUUGCUCAUCGGAUCACCCCUCAGCCUUCAAGAUGGUCAGCAAGGCCAGCAGCCCUCCUCGCAGGCCAAAGGGCAGUCCCGCCCCCCCUCCCAGGCAGCUGUGCUCAGCGCUAGCACCUCCUUGCUGGUGAGAAAUGGGAGUGUCCACUUAGAAGCAUCACAUGCCACUGCAUCUGCUGUAGGCGGUAGCAGUUUGCACGAUGGACUUGGUAAGUUCAGUUCUACGCUCUACGAGACAGGGGGCUGCGACAUGUCACUUGUGAACUUUGAGCCAGCUGCAAGAAGAGCAUCUAACAUCUGUGACACGGACUCUCACGUAUCGAGUUCUACCUCAGUUCGCUUUUACCCACAUGAUCUACUUUCUCUUCCCCAGAUCAGGUUGAACAGGCUGCUAACCAUAGAUACAGAUCUGCUGGAGCAGCAAGAUAUUGACCUGAGCCCUGACCUUCAGGACCACAUGCAACCUCAAGAGGAAGCAGCUCAAAAAGUCAAGCAGUACUAUCGCUUUUGGAUACUGCCUAAACUUUGGAUUAGCAUAAAUUUUGAUAGAUUAACUCUUCUGGCUUUAUUUGAUAGGAACCGUGAGAUCCUUGAAAACGUAUUAGCUGUCAUCCUAGCUAUUCUAGUUGCGUUUCUGGGCUCUGUACUUCUUAUUGAGGGCUUUUUCAAGGAUAUUUGGGUCUUCCAGUUCUGCCUGGUAAUAGCCAGUUGUCAGUACUCACUGUUGAAGAGUGUUCAGCCAGAUUCUUCUUCCCCUCGACAUGGUCAUAAUCGUAUCAUAGCCUAUAGUAGGCCUGUAUAUUUCUGUUUAUGUUGUGGUCUUAUUUGGCUGUUGGAUUAUGGCAGCAGAAACAUAUCUACAACAAGAUUCAGGUUGUAUGGAAUGGCUUUCACCAAUCCAUUGCUGCUGCUGUCAGCCAGAGACUUAAUUAUAGUGUUUACACUAUGUUUCCCCAUAGUAUUCUUCAUUGGUCUCCUGCCUCAGGUGAAUACAUUUGUGAUGUAUCUCUGUGAACAGCUGGAUAUUCAUGUCUUUGGUGGCAAUGCUACCACAAGCCUGCUUGCAGCACUUUACAGUUUUAUCUGUAGUAUUGUGGCAGUAGCGUUGUUGUAUGGACUGUGCUAUGGUGCCCUGAAGGAUUCUUGGGAUGGGCAGCAUAUUCCAGUUCUCUUCUCCAUAUUUUGUGGGUUGUUAGUGGCAAUAUCAUAUCAUCUCAGCAGACAAAGUAGUGACCCUUCUGUACUUUUCUCUUUAGUGCAAUCAAAAUUUUUUCCUAAUUCUGAAGACAAAAACCCUGAGGAUCCUCUGUCUGAAGUGAAAGAUCCUUUACCUGAAAAGCUUAGAAACUCUGUGAGUGAAAGAUUGCAGUCUGACCUGAUUGUGUGUAUAGUCAUCGGUGUACUCUAUUUUGCAAUUCAUGUCAGUACAGUAUUUACAGUUUUACAGCCUAUUUUAAGUUAUGUUCUCUAUGCAUUGGUGGGUACGGUAGGCUUUGUGACCCAUUAUGUUCUGCCUCAACUCCGAAAGCAACUUCCUUGGCAUUGCUUUUCUCACCCAUUGUUGAAAACCAAGGAAUACUAUCAGUUUGAAGUCCGAAAUGCUGCACAUGUUAUGUGGUUUGAGAAACUUCACAUUUGGCUCCUUUUUGUAGAGAAAAAUGUUAUCUAUCCACUGAUAGUCCUCAAUGAGCUGAGUAGCAGCGCUAAGAAUAUUGCUAGUCCAAAGAAACUGGAUACUGAGUUGGGUGCUUUAAUGAUCACAAUAGCUGGCUUGAAGUUACUGCGUUCAUCAUUCAGUAGCCCAACGUGCCAGUAUGUCACUGUUAUUUUCACAGUGCUCUUCUUUACUUUUGAUUACAAAAGUUUUACUGAGACCAUGCUGCUAGAUCUCUUCUUCAUGUCCAUACUCUUCAGCAAGCUUUGGGAACUCUUUUAUAAGUUGAGAUUUGUAUAUACCUACAUUGCUCCCUGGCAGAUCACGUGGGGAUCUGCCUUCCAUGCUUUUGCCCAGCCCUUUGCUGUGCCACAUUCUGCAAUGUUGUUUGUCCAAGCAGCUGUGUCAGCUUUCUUCUCUACUCCACUGAAUCCUUUCCUGGGAAGUGCAAUAUUUAUCACUUCUUAUGCCAGACCUGUCAAAUUCUGGGAGAGAGACUACAACACAAAGCGUGUGGAUCAUUCAAAUACAAGGCUGGCUUCACAGCUUGAUCGAAAUCCAGGCUCAGAUGAUAACAACCUGAAUUCAAUCUUCUAUGAACAUUUAACCCGUUCCCUUCAGCACAGCCUAUGUGGAGACUUGUUAUUGGGUCGGUGGGGAAACUACAGUACUGGGGACUGCUUCAUCCUAGCCUCUGACUACCUCAAUGCACUAGUACACCUUAUAGAGAUAGGAAAUGGCUUGGUCACCUUCCAGCUCAGAGGGCUUGAAUUCAGAGGAACUUAUUGUCAGCAAAGAGAAGUAGAGGCCAUCACUGAAGGUGUAGAAGAAGAUGAAGGUUUCUGUUGCUGUGAACCUGGCCACCUCCCUCACAUGCUUUCCUUUAAUGCUGCCUUUGGACAACGUUGGCUGGCUUGGGAAGUGCUUGUGACAAAGUAUGUUCUGGAGGGUUAUAGUAUCACUGACAACAGUGCAGCUUCCAUGCUUCAAGUCUUUGAUCUCCGGAAAAUUCUCACCACUUACUAUGUGAAGGGAAUCAUCUAUUAUGUCACAACUUCCCCCAAGUUAGAGGAAUGGUUAGCUAAUGAGACCAUGCAGGAAGGACUGCGGUUGUGCACAGACCGCAAUUAUGUUGAUGUAGACCCAACAUUUAACCCCAAUAUUGAUGAGGAUUAUGACCACCGUCUGGCAGGGAUCUCAAGAGAGAGUUUCUGUAUGAUUUAUUUGAACUGGAUAGAAUACUGCUGCUCUCGAAGAGAAAAGCCACUGGAUUCAAGUAAGGAUUCACCCCUUGUUACACUCUGUUAUGGACUGUGUGUUCUGGGGCGGAGAGCAUUGGGAACAGCUUCACAUCAUAUGUCUAGUAACCUGGAAUCCUUCUUGUAUGGCCUACAUGCCCUAUUUAAGGGUGACUUUCGUAUAUCUUCAAUUCGAGAUGAAUGGAUCUUUGCUGACAUGGAAUUGCUGAGGAAGGUAGUCGUUCCUGGAAUACGAAUGUCACUUAAACUACAUCAGGAUCACUUCACUUCUCCAGAUGAAUAUGAUGAUCCUUCUGUCCUCUAUGAAGCCAUAACAACCCACGAAGAAAAUCUAGUUAUAGCACAUGAAGGAGACCCUGCUUGGAGGAGUGCUGUUCUUUCCAAUUCUCCCUCCCUACUUGCCUUGCGUCAUGUGAUGGAUGAUGGCACCAACGAAUAUAAAAUCAUUAUGCUGAAUAAGCGAUAUCUCAGUUUCAGGGUCAUUAAGGUGAAUAAGGAGUGUGUGCGUGGCCUGUGGGCAGGACAACAGCAGGAACUUGUCUUCCUGCGCAAUCGCAAUCCAGAAAGAGGAAGUAUCCAAAAUGCAAAACAAGCUCUGAGGAAUAUGAUCAACUCUUCUUGUGACCAGCCAAUUGGAUACCCCAUCUAUGUCUCACCUUUGACUACUUCCUAUUCAGAUAGUCAUGAACAGCUUAAGGAGAUUCUUGGGGGAGCUAUCAGCUUAGGAAAUAUAAGAAACUUCAUAGUGUCUACGUGGCACAGACUAAGGAAAGGUUGUGGAGCUGGCUGUAACAGUGGUGGAAAUAUUGAAGAUUCAGAUGCUGGAGGUGGGGCUUCUUGCACAAGUAACAAUGCCACCAUCAACGAGUCGCAGAGCAGCAUGUCACAAGGAGGAGGGAAUGCAACUACGGGGCAGGGACCUGGAGCAGUACAGCACCCUCCUGUUGCACCUCAUCCCACAGCUCUUCCUGCAGCUCACCCACCAACUCAUCCAGCUACUCUAGGCACCAGUCACAGUUCUCACUCUGUGCAGUCAAGCCUUGUGAGACAUUCCCCUGCCCGUGCCUCAGUAGCUAGCCAUUCAUCUUAUUGCUACGGCAGUCGUCAUUCAUCUCUUCGCACGUCCACAACAGGCUUUGUGCCUUGUCGGCGCUCUUCCACCAGCCAGAUAUCCCUUCGUAACCUCCCAUCAUCCAUCCAGUCCCGCCUAUCUAUGGUCAACCAAAUGGAACCUACUGGCCAGACUGGGGUCAGCGCGCAGCACGGCCUGCCCUCUUCUAGCAGCUCCAGCCAAAGCAUCCCAGCCUGUAAACAGCAUGCCCUUGUGGGCUUUCUAGGGACAGAAGGAGGAAGUAAUGCUACUGAAACUCAGUCGGGUGGUAAUGCAAGCCCUGCAAAUCAAAUGCAAGCCAAAAAGGAUGACGUUAUUUACAGAAUCCAGUUAAUGGAUCCCAGUCAAGUACUGGAAGGGAUCAACGUGUCAAAAAGGAAAGAGCUGCAGUGGCCAGAUGAGGUGAUACGGCUAAAAGCUGGAAGAAACAGCUGGAAAGAUUGGAGUCCUCAGGAAGGCAUGGAAGGCCAUGUGAUUCACCGCUGGGUGCCUUGCAGCAGAGAUCCAAGUAGUCGGUCCCACAUAGAUAAGACCAUCCUGCUGGUUCAGAUUGAAGAUAAAUAUGUUGCUGUUGUUGAAACUGGAGUCCUUGAACUUGGGGCUGAAGUGUAAAUCUCCAAGACUUAAACUUCCCCUUCUCCAGCAGUUCAGAAAAGAGAAGGGUCCAGAAGCAGCAGCUCCCAGGACAUAUAACUUCGGUCCAGUUGUAGGAAAGGACUUGAAACACAGCUUUGUCUAAGUCCCUUUCCCCAAAUAAACAAGUGUAAGAAAUUUUUAAGUUGUUAGCUGCUGAAGAAACAUUUGCAUGAAGGAUAGAUUUGUUGAGACAUAUCUUUUUGUUUAUAAAUUUUGUUUAUGCAUUGCGUAAUGCUUUAAAUCAACAAACUUUUCGGUUCUAAGAUCAGAGCACCUCAUAUUUUUCUAAUUGUUUUGCCAAAAAUUGCCAUGUCUUGUCACAGAGUGCGUGGAAUUCAUCCACCUUAUUUUAAAGAAAUUGACUACAAACCUUCAGUUUGGUGAAACACAGUGUAAAGGUUUCAGGAGUGGCAAGAAGAGACUGAACAGAUGUAUAGAUUCUUAUUCCUUAUGAGCUAAAACAUUAAUGAGAACUGCACUAAUUUUUUUACAGCAAUGCACUAAAAACAACCCUGAGAUUGCUGAGAACAUUUAUUUAUAUAUAUAAAUAUAAGUAUAUAAAAUACCAUUAUUUAAAUUGCCUUUGGGAUUAAUCCCCUCCCUCUCCAUAUACAUGUUGAUGGUAAGGGCUGUGCCAUGGGUUUGGUUCUAUGUUCUGUAUUUCGUACAAGUGCAUUUGCUGCAUUCUCUUCACAAUAAAUGGUAAAAUAACAAAUAUAUAGAAAUGUACCUGAGUAUCCCUGUACUACAUCAGAAUCUAUUGUGGUGGCAGUGGUACCUCCAAUCUAUACAACACGUCCAGCUUUAAAGUGGGCCCCAGUACAUGAUCUUUCAUCUGUCCUCCCUUAGCUGGCUUUGGCUACCUUGCUUCUUUACACCCAGAGCUGGCUAUGUUGUUUCAUCAGCUCUUCUCUGGCAGAGAGUUGUCUGAGAUUUGUAGGGUAGGUGCAGGUCCAUGAUGACCUUCCUGGAUACUUGAAGGUUUUUUGAUUCUGUUCAAUUAAAAAUAAAAUCUUUUAAAAGGCUUUUAUAGAAGGCACAGCCCUAAACUUGUAUCACUUUUACCACCUUGCCUUUUCUUUCCCUUUAGUCUUCAUUCUUUUCUAUGACUUGAAUUUUAUUUUCUGUGAUUAUAUAUUCUAUGUAAGUGUAAUUUGAGUAUUUAUAACUGUGAAGUUGAAUUAUUCAUGUGUUACAUAUCCUAGGUUUUAUUGUAUUUUUUUAAAUGUGUGUAUUCAGGGAAACACGUAACUCAGAACUAUCAUGGGAGUGUGAGAGGGAAACUGGUUUGGUUUUGACUUGCAGUUCCUAUGACUCACUUCUCUUAAUCCAUAAGAAAAAAACGUACCUGUUGUGAUUGUUUCCUGUUUCUGAUCUGUAAUUAUGUAGGAUUCUGUGCAGAAUCUGCACACAGUCCUAACUAGCUUUUGGGAGCAGCCAUCUUCUUCCCAGUCACCUUUGCUUCUCUGAGUAAUGUAACCAGAAGAGACUUCUGAUGUACCACAGAGGUUAUUGGAAUUAUUUCUCUGACAUCAGAGAAACCAUAUCCAUUAAGUACCUAAUGUAAGAGUGAAAUUAUAUGGCAUGAGGAGGAAAAAAAAUGAAAGAAACAGCUACCUAGAAAUUAUUGGUGUUCUAAGUUCAGUCACUGCUUUGUAGCCAUGAAAGGGUAAUGGUGUGUGCCUGGUAGCUGGUCCAUUGUUAAACCUUCCCAGUGAAUUAUACUGGGGCCUUGCUUACGUCGUACUCUAUGCAAAUUUAUACUUCAAGUACUGUGCAUUUUCCAAUUGCAUUCUACUAUUUGGCUUAUGUAUAUUCAGUCAUAUUUAACCCUGUUAGAAAUGCACAGUUCUGGGUCUGCCACCAUUGAAAUAAUCUUGCUGUUCCACGUAGUUUAUCAUAUGUGCACAUGGUAGUGUAGUUAACUUCACCUCCUGUGUAUCGGAAAGUGUAGUACUGUAAAUGAAGCUUGGUCAGCAGUCCAGUAAUUUUGCUGUCAGGAACAAAGAAUAUGUGUAUGUUUUAAAUUGAAGAUGUUUUAGUUAAGGUUUUAUUGUGUGUCCUUUCCCACAGGUGAAUUACAGGGUUUCCCGUAUCAUUAAGAAUAUCGCUUCAUAAAGGGUCUUUAGAAAUAAGACAUUGUUUGGAAAUAGGCACCCACUUGAUAUUAGUUGCAGAAAAGUUUUUUUUUCUUGUACUGAAGCCUUGAGGUAAACAAAUGACUGAAAAACAAAAUAGACACUUGCUUCAGUCAAGUUUAUAAGAGAUAAAACAACUUUCAGUAUGUUAACCCUGGUACUGAACAGCCUAUUUCACAGUCUUCAGUGUGAGAAUUUCAGAGUCCUCAGUGUGAGAUGAUGGCGAUGUCCACUGUCCUGCUGGUAAUAGACGAGAAGGGAAUUAAUGACUUGGUAACAUAACAAUUCUAGAGAAUAUGUAACUGCCUAGAAUUAGGUCAGCAAACAGCAUAUGAGAAAAAGGCUUUUCCUAAGGGACAAAGAGAAUUGAUAGGUCUUUAUAUUUUUUUAAUUCUUUCAGGCUUUUAGUGUGUUGCGUUCAGAAAAUUUAUUUUAAUGUGGCCAGUUACGAGGUUAAUAGAUUCUUUCAGAUAUUCAGCAAACACCUGUUGUGAAGCAGUUUACAUAGUGCUCCUACCUGUACAGGAUCUGCUCAACAAAAGUUACCUAUUUGCGAUUCCACUAUUCUGUAAGGCUUUGGAAAAUUAACUUUUUUCCUAAUUUUUCCUGCAUUCUGAACUCUCAAGGUUGAUAUGAUUUGUGUGUUGGUUUGUGCAAGGUUUGCGUCUUGGUUCCAUUGUGAGAGUGACAAAAGCAUUUGUUUUCUUCUCCCUCCCCCCAGGACAGAUCUGUCUGUGGAAAACUGUUCUGGAUGGAGAUAAUUUUGUUGUCCUUUUCUGUUCUCUGUUUUUUGUCUUCACAUGGUAUUUUUCUCCUGUUGUGGGUGUAGAUAGGAUGACUAUUUUCAAAGUAGUCCUGUCAGUCCGGAUUGAGCUCGGCAUAGAAUGGGUUUGUUUUUUCCUAAGUUUUCAUGAAAACCUGUUAGGAUGGAUGAGAGCUUUAGCUCUGUCCACUUCCAUUGUGUGAUAAUUUCUUGCCAUAAGAACAUUCCAGCUAAGUCCUGUUGUAUUAGCUUUCAGAGAGAUCCCCAUCUGUGUUUCCGCAUUUUUCCUUAAAGGUGGCGUCUAUGUAUACAUACAUGCUUACUGCUUCCUACAACAAAUAAUUGCAGAAAAGUGUUUAAAAGCCGCACUAAUUGGUUUGUGUCCAUCAGUUAAAAACAAAGCUGUUUAAGCCUUUUCAUACUUCACUUGCCUGUGAAAUCUUUUUUUAAAAUGGUGUGAAGUUUAAAACAAAACAAAACUGAGAUGUGUAUGUGACGCUAUGAAUACCUAUAAUUGUGCCACUUAUGCUGUAUGUGAUAAUUGUGCUGAAUUCUCUUGUGAUUCAGCAUCUCUGAAGUUAUUUCAGAGUAGGUAGGAGAACAAGGAGAAAUAUGUAUUUAGUUCCAUCUAGAUUGAAUGGUUCAUAUAGCCACUUUGCUGGGACAUCUGGCAUGUUUCUGAGUGGUGACCUCAGUUUUCCCACCAGCUGUGUAACUUAUCCCCAGGGCACUCCUUAACACUGCAUUCACAACCCUUGUGGGAACCGAAGAACUCUUCUGAGAAGCCUAGAUGACUGGUGAGGUGAAAGAUGAAAACUGCUGCGGCACAGAUCCAUGCCCUUGGCUGUUUGGCAAGUGGCCAUAAAGCUUUGCCUGGAAUAGGGUGAGGGGGGAGAAGAGAUGCCUUACAAUCAGAUCCAACUUCAGAUCAUUUCUCUGAUAAUACACACCAUACAACCUAGGAGUGUAGAUAGAAAAACACUGCUUUAAAGAUCUUUCUCAAUUACAGGACUCUCCAUUAACAAAAAUGGAGCAGGAUAGAUUUCAUUUCUUACAAUUAAUAUUACUCAAAUAUUAUUCUACUUAUAUUGGAUUUGGGGUUAUACCACCACAGGUUUUAUGUACUUAAUUUUAUUAAGGAGUUUUAUACCUAUUAUAUAGGCAUCUAUUCUUUUCUUGUCUGGCUUGGUAUUUGAUAACCUAAUGCAGUACAUUCAGUGAAGCUGGACUCUUUCGGGAGUUACACUGGUAAUUACUGGUGCCUUAGUAAAAAAGUGGGUACAUAACACCUUGGUGGAAAGUAAAGCAUGUGGCUUGUUUCACCCCAGCAUGAUAUGCAUAUUUCCAAGAGGUGAUUAAGAUGGCUGCUCCAAAAGAGUUCAGGAGGAUACAUACAUCACUCACAGUCACAAACACCCGAAUAUGAGCAGUUUGUAUGACUUCUGGUAUGUACAGGUUCAAAAGAUACUCCCCGUACACUUAGUCCACAAUGCUGGAUGACGGCGAUCAAGUAGCUGGAUAUGUUAACGACUUAGAUAAAGAUCCCCCCACACCAACCCCCAAAAAAGUGACAACAAGCUGCUGAAUAGGAAGGAGUAAGAGGAGAGGAGAGUGUAAAUGAGAGGAUGGCAUUGGUUUUAAUGGACAAUGAAAAUAUAUGUAUUUCCUCUACCAGCAAAUGGAUACCUUGCCAGGGAUAGGGAUAUAUGUACCUGCGUGUCUGUGAGUGUGUGUAUGUGCCUGCGUGUGUUUCUGGAAACAGCCUGUAAAUAUUGUAGCUGUUGAAAAUGGAAAAGGCAGAGAGCUUUUUGCAACAUGUUGCAGCAAAAGGACAGUAUUGACAGUGGAGAAACACUGAGAAAUAAAAAACUUUUUUCA